CAAUCCUCGCACCCGCCGCACCAAUCCUCGCACCAUGAACCAGGCCGAGCUCCCCUCUCCCCCUCCGCCCUUGUCCCCGCCGCCCGCGCCGGGCGAGCGCCUUUUCCGGGACGCCGUGCGCGCCGGCAACACGGCCGCCGUCCACGCCCUCCUGCGCACCAUGAACUCGUGCGACUUCAACGUGAACGCCUUCGGGCCGGAGGGCCAGACGGCUCUGCACCAAUCGGUGAGCGACGGCAACCUGGAGCUGGUGAAGCUCCUGGUGCGCUUCGGGGCCGACGUGCGAUUGGCCAACCGGGACGGCUGGAGCGCACUGCACAUGGCCGCCUUUUCGGGGCACCAGGACAUUGUGCUCUACCUGGUGGCCAAGGCCAGGGGGGGCGGGGGGGCGGGAGGGGGGCCGUCGUAA